AUGGGUUGGGUCGCAGACACUGUUCGCUCCAUCAGUUCCAUUCAACUCAGACAAGUAUUCAGCCAGUUCAUCACUCUCGGCCUGAUUGCAGCAUCAGCGCUCGUGAUAUGGAAAGGGUUAAUCUGUGUUAGCGGCAGUGAAUCACCCCUCGUCGUUGUUAUUUCUGGAAGUAUGGAACCUGGUUUCCGUCGAGGUGACAUUUUGUUCUUGCACAUGGGCAAGAAUCCCAUUCGUGCAGGAGAUAUUGUGGUUUACAAUAUAGAUGGAAAAGACAUUCCAAUUGUUCACCGAGUAAUUGAGGUUCGUGAACGUCAAAAUACCGAAGAAACUUAUAUCCUCACAAAAGGAGACAACAACCCUUUGGAUGACAGGGUUAUGUAUAAUCCUGGCCAGAAGUGGUUGCAAAAUCAUCACAUAAUGGGAAGAGCUGUCGGGUUCUUGCCUUAUGUUGGUUGGGCAACGAUAAUAAUGACUGAUAUGCCUAUUCUCAAGUAUACACUGAUUGGGGCAUUAGGAUUGCUAGUUUUAACUAAGAAGGAAUAA